AAUUUGGUUCAGAAUUAUCCGUCAGGAUGACAAUUCACUUCAUCUUUAUAGUACUUUUUUUUAUAGUACUUUUCAUUGUAGCAUCGUGUGCUUUGAAAUUUAAAAUGUUCUAACUGCUCAAAUUUUUAAAUAAAGCAAAUUUCAUGAUAAAGCAGAUUUCAGCUGUAGGUCCCAAAUCAAUUGGGAUGGGAUAUAAGCGAUCUUCUCGAUUGAUGAACGGAAAUCACAAUUUUAUGACCAACUUCUCGAACUGGCACACGAGUAUACUAAGAAUAGCUUCCAGUGACUACUCGUGUCAUUGUAGGAAGAAAAAGAAAUCAUACUCUACAGAUAUGGCGUUUUGUUUUGUUGAGAACUGUUCUUUAGAAACAGUAAUUGGGCUUAAACAGUAACAGUGUAUACAUCCUGCUUUUCUGGGAGGCUUUGCAUUUGAAUAAAUAACGUUCUGUUGGCUACCCUUCAUUUACUUUUCAGACUUUCUAAGCUAGUAGGGUGUUUCCAAAAGUGACAUUACUCUGGGGGCAAGAAAACCUUGUCACUUACAUUUAUCUUAUUCGGACAUGUUUGCUUUUGUUUUGUUUUGUUUUUCUUUAAGGAACAAGACCACUCAAGGUGAAGAACACACUACUGAUACCAGCACUCUGAAUGAACAACAUUUGUUUCUCUGCCACACACUGAACACUUAUUUUAUUUUUAUUUUCUUGGCGGGGGAGUUGAAACACCUAACUUUGUGGCACAGCAGCUAUGCAGCUUGAAAUUCAAGUAGCACUAAAUUUUAUUAUUUCCUAUCUGUACAAUAAGCUUCCCAGGAGACGUGUCAACAUUUUCGGUGAAGAGCUUGAAAGACUUCUAAAGAAGAAAUAUGAAGGGCACUGGUAUCCUGAGAAGCCAUACAAAGGAUCAGGGUUUAGAUGUAUACAUAUAGGGGAGAAGGUGGACCCCGUGAUCGAACAAGCGUCCAAAGAGAGUGGUUUGGACAUUGAUGAUGUCCGUGGCAACCUGCCCCAGGAUCUCAGUGUUUGGAUUGACCCGUUUGAAGUUUCCUACCAGAUCGGUGACAAGGGACCAGUGAAGGUGCUUUACGUGGAUGAUAAUAAUGAAAAUGGCUGUGAGUUGGAUAAGGAGAUCAAAAACAGCUUUAACCCAGAGGCCCAGGUUUUCAUGCCCAUCAGUGACCCAGCCUCGUCUGUGUCCAGCUCGCCAUCGCCUCCCUUUGGCCACUCUGCUGCGGUCAGCCCCACCUUCAUGCCCCGGUCCACUCAGCCUUUAACCUUCACCACUGCCACUUUUGCUGCCACCAAGUUCGGCUCCACCAAAAUGAAGAACAGUGGCCGGAGCAACAAGGUCACGCGCACGUCUCCGAUCCACCUCGGCUUGAAUGUCAGCGACCUCUUGAAGCAGAAAGCCAUUUCUCCCUCAGUGCACUCUCUGUACGGGCUGGGCCUCGGGGGCCAGCAGCCGCUGCCACAGCAGCCCCAGCCGGCCCAGCCGCCGCUGCAGCCCCAGCCCCAGCAGAAAACCUCUGCUCUUUCUCCUAAUGCCAAGGAAUUUAUUUUUCCUAAUAUGCAGGGUCAAGGUAGUAGUACCAAUGGAAUGUUCCCAGCUGACAGCCCCCUAAACCUCAGUCCUCUCCAGUACAGCAAUGCCUUUGAUGUGUUCGCCGCCUAUGGCGGCCUCAACGAGAAGUCUUUUGUAGAUGGCUUGAAUUUUAGUUUAAAUAACAUGCAGUAUUCUAACCAGCAAUUCCAGCCUGUUAUGGCUAACUAAAAAAAAUUGUCUUAAGUUCAAAUGCACGGUCGAGGGGUGGUGGUUGGGUUUUUUUUUGUUUUUUUUUAAUUGCCCCCCCCCUUUGGAAAAAUUUUUUUUUUCUUUUAAGCUAAUAGGAUACAUUCAAGCUUGGUUACAAAAAUAAAACAUGCAUCAUUUUUCAUUUGCCAACCAAGCACAAAGUUAUUUUAUACUGAUUGUAUAUUUUAAAGUAUACUGUCAGAUACGCCCUAUUACAGUAUUUAAGAUAGAGCAAAGACAUGGCUGGGUUUUUUUUAAUAUAUAUAUAUAUAAUUGGCACUAAUAAGUGGGUUUAUUGGUCUUUUUCUAAUUGUAUAAUUUAAUUUAGUACAAAGUUUGUAAAAUACCAGAGGAUAUAUAUAUAUUGUUUCUACGACACGGUAUUGCAUUUAUAUCUUUUUACUACAGUGGUCUGUGGCAGCAGCAGCUUCAUGUUGUAUUUUUUUUACUGAAAUUGUAAAAUAUCCAUCUUAAAGACAUCAACUAUAAUAAAAAUUGUGUACAGGAUAUUCCUUUAGUGGUGGAAUUAAAUUGUACGAAUAUUUCCUUUUUUCAAAAAAAAUGUAUUUUCUGUUAAGGUUUAAAGAUUUUUGCUAUAUAUUAUGGAAGAAAAUGUAAUCGUAAAUAUUAAUUUUGUACCUAUAUUGUGCAAUACUUGAAAAAAAACAGUAUAAAAGUAUUUUGAGUCAGUGUCUUAUAUGUUGAGGGACUGAAAUAGUUUAUAUUAAGUUUGUAUUAAAAUUCUUUAAAAUUAGAAA